AUGUCCUCGGGAACAUCAGCACAGCGAACCUUGAACCAUGGCGGCUCGGAUCGAGUUGACGCACGCCUCCUUGAUUCCCGCGUGCUUCCGCAAUGCCUCGACGCGGUGGAGUUUUGCCCGUCUCGCGAUUUCCCCGGCACAUUCGCAGUGGCAUCAUAUCAGCUAGUAGAGCCGCAGGCUUCUGGUGAUGCUAACGUGGCUGCUACUAUCACCGCCGAUGGUUCUUCUCAAUCCGACGGCGAGACGACAAACGGAAAGCGUCAGUCGCGUCUCGGCGGAGUGCAUCUGUUCAACCUUGACGCCGUCGAUGCUGACGUGUCAGACGAUAAUGGACGGCUCCGUGACAUAAAAGAACCGCCGUUUCCAUCCGCAGCACGCAUGGUCCACCUACAGUCAGUCAGCGGUUGCGGCAUUCUGGACAUUAAGUGGCGAAGCGAGGGAUUUCUUGGCCGGCGAGCAGAAGCAGACGAGCAGGACGAAGAAAUAGCUGAUCUGAGGGAAAGAAGAGAGAAUGUUGCUGAGCGAGGGAACUCGACUGAGCAGAUGCUGCUGGCAGCAGCAACUGCUGAUGGGACCGUAGAUCUGUAUGAGAUGCAUGGAGGACCGAUCGCCGCUGCAGCACCAAGCCUGUCACUGUACACCCGAAUUCCUUUUCCUCCCUCCGAUCCUGCCGAGCCUGACACCAAACCUGCGAUGUGCCUUGCGUUGGAUUGGUGGACGGCUGGGGAAUUCGAGGCAGGAAGCGGGAACCGGGAGCAGCAGGAGGCAGAUGCAGGGGAGAGCGGGAAGGGGGAGACUGAUGAGGAGGGAGUGGGAGAGAGAAGGAGAGUAUGGGGUGUGAGGAGGGAUCGGAUCGCUGUGAGUCGGUCGGAUGGAUCGCUGGCGGUGGCACGGCAGGGAGAGGGUGGUGCGUGGGUGGCGGAGCACGCGUGGCUAGCACACGAGUUUGAAGCAUGGACAUGCUGCUUCAACAUCUGGGAUCCUGAGGUGGCGAUGAUUGUGCGAUGUGUGCCUGGGACCUCCGUACACAAAUUCCCUCCCCCUCUUCAUCCCCGCUCUCUCCAUCCUCCUCGCGGCCUGCAUGGCGCAACAUCAAGGCACACCGAGCCGGGGUCACGUCUCUCCGCUGCUCUCCCCACUCUCCGCAUCUCCUCGCAUCUGGGAGUUACGAUGAGUCGGUUUGGAGGUGGAAAAUCCGUACCUGGGAGAAUAAAGCUCACCAGGGGUGAGCCUCAGCAAGCCAUAAGCCCGACGAGUGCUGUGAGAGCACGGGAGGGUCCUGAAAUUGAUGCCGCUGAAAUUCUUAGACCUUCAAACGAGGAGAGACAGCUAGCAUCGAAAUCUAGAAUACAAGAGGCGUCUCCACCAGUUGCGGAAACGGCUCCAGCCGUAGUAGAGCCGAUGCCCGAGUCAAGAUCCCUGGAUACUGCUAGGGUUGCCAAAUUCAGAAAGGAAUUAUCGGCUCCUGCAGUGGACCUAGAUGCUCUUCGGGAGCUUUCAUGGAGUGGCAUACCUCCCAACUUAAGACCAACUGUCUGGCGUCUUUUACUGGGAUACGCACCGCCAAACGCGGAUAGAAGAGAGACAGUUUUGGCCAGGAAACGUCAAGAGUACAGGGAGUGGGUUCCCCAGUAUUAUGACAUCCCAAAUGAAGACCGCAGUGAUGAUGAAAUUCACACACUUCGUCAGAUAUCUGUAGAUUGCCCGAGAACUGUUCCAGAUGUCCCCUUCUUCCAGCAAACCUUGAUGCAGACAGCAAUUGAGCGUGUACUCUACAUUUGGGCUAUACGCCACCCAGCCAGUGGAUAUGUUCAAGGAAUCAAUGACCUGCUGACUCCAUUCCUCACCGUGUUUCUUUCGGAGAUAUUUGAAGGAGACAUUGAUACCUGGGUGGUUUCAAAGCUUUCUGAAGAUACCCUUUUGCAAGUCGAGGCAGAUAGUUACUGGUGUCUGUCCAAGUUGCUUGAUGGCAUCCAAGACCACUAUACUUUUGCACAGCCAGGCAUCCAGCGCCUUGUUUUCCGCCUCAAGGAGCUUGUGAGAAGGAUUGAUGAGCCUGUUUCUCGACACAUGGAAGAGCACCACUUGGAAUUUCUUCAGUUCGCGUUUCGGUGGUUCAACUGCCUGCUAAUCCGUGAGAUUCCGUUCUCUAUUGUGGGAAGAUUGUGGGACACAUAUCUUUCAGAGGGUGAUGGUUUUGCAGAGUUUUUGGUUUACCUAUGUGCAAGUUUCCUGCUCACCUGGUCAGAACAACUUCAACAGAUGGACUUCCAGGAAAUGGUAUUGUUCUUGCAACAUGUGCCAACAAAGAGAUGGAGUGAAAAGGAGCUUGACAUGGUGCUGUCACGAGCCUUCAUGUGGCGAGUCAUGUUCAACCGUUCACCUAGACACUUAAACUCGUCAUGA